UUUGCUACUUUUGAUCAGACCCAUAUAAUCCUUAAUUAUUUGCAACCAGUAUGUAUCAAAUGGUGAGCUAAAAUCUAGCCUAUUCAUUUAGAGCACAAUGUAAUAGUUUUGGUCAUUUGUUCCUAUUAAUUAAAACCCAUUUGAUGUAAGGAUACAUAGAAAACAAUGACAUUAGGAAACAUCUCAAUGGUUCUUAUUCUACAAUUCACAAUGCAAAUUCUAGCUCUUUUGAAGCAAACCAGAUGAAUUAAAACUGGCAUAACUUGCAUAUGUUUUGCUAUGUCGCAGAUAGAGAGUAACGUAAUGGAUUUGGAACACGUCUCACCCUUCGCUUUUUUCCUAGAUAUGCUUAUUAUUUUUGAGAACCGGUGUGUUUUCAAUGGAUUUCGCCGCAAGUAACAUUUGUCAGUGCUGUGAGACGUUUCCUGCCUAUGUAGACUGUUUCAAAUGUAUAAGGAAAUAUAUAAGUACAAGUUUAUUUAUAAAUAUAAAAUCGGGACAGAAACUACUGCCGCAAAAGAUAAUUACAUAAAAGAUGUAAUAAAGAAACUCGGGGUCACUGAAGAGUCUUCAUUACAUACUUUAUAAUAAUGGAACAUUAUUUUAAACAUCCAGAGAAUCUUUCAAAAGGCAUUCAUUUUAAAGUUCGGAUUUGAUUGUAGGCCGAGCGAAAGAGCGAAUUUCCAAAUACCACAGUGCUAUGAAGUAAAAUCCUUGCAAAAAAACAAUGUUCAUAAGAUACUUAAGCAUUUUUAUACGAUUUUCACAUUCAAAAGUACAUAAAGCAGGUGUAAAGUUUUUUUAAAAGCGCCCGGUGGGACUAUGAAACCCAUGUUUCAAAAAGUUUUAGCACUUAUUUACGACAUAUUUCUACAUUACUCGCCUUCAACUAUGGCAUUUUACUCUGCUUUUCUGUUCCUGCUAACUCCUCCUCUUACCCCUUCAUUAAGUACCUCCUCCUGUGCUCUUGAUCCGUUUAGACUCCGGGCCUGAAACCGACAGGGCUCGUGGACAAAAUUACCCUGGAUCAUAACAACAGGUCCCUUACAGAACCUCUUUCCGGGAUAAUAGACGACGUUUGCGCUAUUCACAAAUAUAGCGAAACGGAUCCCAUGACGAAGUGUAAGAUUCUGGGGACUGGAGUUGGAGGUCUAGGGCUUUCUUUUAGCAUCUUGGUUUCUGCACGUAUCUCAUUUGAGAAGACGUGGAAGAUGGACAAAUCUAGUUUAAAGUGUUAAGAAGUGACUCCUUGUUUUUUUUUUUCUGAAAAACUGAGUUUACUGAAUUUAUUAAGAGUGGGUGAAUUUUCCUCCCUUUAUCUUACAGACAGAUUUUUAUCGUGAAUGAUUUCGAUCGUAACAGAAAGAAAUGUCCAAAAGUAAAAUCUUUAAAAGAGAAAGAACAUUACAGGAUGUGAUUACAAAUCACAUAGGUAAUGAACUUUCCAAACCGUCCAACCUAUCGCUAGUUAUUUUUUUCCUGAAAGCCAAAAACGCCUUACAAGUCACGCACAUUAAGCGGCUUAUUUUUUUUACAAGAAUUCAUUGGAGCAGGCGGUCUGAAUACAUGUAGUUCUACUUUUUUUUAAUUACCCCCCUCCUCCUCCGCGCACACACACGCACGGUUUCGGUAAAAAGCAUUUAGAGCAAGUAGAAAGAGCGGUUUGUAACUUAAAUAGACUUUAACAGUUCCGUACAUAUUGUUAUAAUAAUAGUAUUACAAAAGAAAAUAAACGUUUGGGGGUACUGGAGUUAAAACCACAAUACCCUUUGCAUAAGAAAAAAAAAAUCACUUUUCUUCUGUUGCCUGAGGCUCGGCGCAGGCGCUCUGGUCUCUUGCUGUCGCUAACACAUUUUUCUUCACAUUGGAAGCUGUCACACGUGACGUCAAUCACUGAGCUCUGACCAAUUAGAACGCUCGCUGAUUGUUUAGCUCCACGGGCUGCAGCGCCGACCAUGAAUCUCUAUUCAGUAUCUCAAAGCGUCCUGCUGCUGCCUCUCAACCGAAUGGGAUUCCACGUAGGCACUGAGAUAGAAUCUAAACUCUAGAAAGUUUUUUUUUCCAGCGUAUAUGUUCUAUUACUAUUAAACGUAUUUAUCAUAAUUAUUAUUAUUAUUUUGCCUGCUGUCAAGUUAUUCUCAAACUAGGAGUAAUGAGCGUGGAUGCUUUGGGAAACCCAAUGAUGGACCCCGCGUUCUCCAAACGGAACACGGCGUUGAGAUUAGUUGACUUGGCAGGGGCUCACCACCAUCACCAUCAUCACCAUACCCCUCAGAGCAUGACAGGCUUCCCGGGGUUCAGCAGCCAUCCUCACUCAAUGGCUCACACGCACCCUGGGGAGAUUACUUCAGAACCCCGCCUGGGGCCAAGUCCAUUCGGGCCAGAACACAUGGGGCACUCCGCGGCCCUCAAACUCAGCCCAGCCCAUCAUUAUUCCCACCACCAUCACCACCAUAAUCAUCAUAUGGCAGGCCACAGUGAAGUUGUCUCCAGUCAAACGGGAGCUUUCGGCCCAGUGCAGGCUGCGGCAGUACCAUACUCUAUGUCUCACACGGCCCAGGCGCUGACGGCAGGUAGGGAAUUCCUAAUUCGCAGAGAUCUGACAGCUCCAGCCAUGCCAGGGCUUACCGAUCAGGCUCCUGGUGCAGGUUCUCACCACGGAAUGUUUGUCUCAACAACAGGUAGCUACCCUGGACACUAUGGUCAUCACCCUGAAGCUGGAAACCAUAACCUUUUCCCUGGACUCCAUCACGAACAACCGCCUAACGGAGCUCCAGGUGGCCAGGCUUUGAAUGGACAAAUAAGGUUAGGAAUACCUGGAGAAAUGUACGUUAGGUCUGAUCACUUAAGUCAAGUAGCAGGUUCAAGGGCUGAUCGGUUUACUGCCUCGCCUCUCCACGGCUACAGCGGCAUGAAUCUGAAUAUGAAUCUCGGCGCUCACCACCACGGUCCCGGUGCUUUCUUUCGAUACAUGAGGCAGCCGAUCAAGCAAGAGCUCAUCUGCAAGUGGAUAGAGCCGGAACACGCUGCGAAAAAACUUUGCUCCAAAACUUACAGCACCAUGCACGAGCUAGUAACGCACGUUACAGUGGAGCACGUCGGAGGACCAGAGCAAGCGAAUCAUAUCUGUUUUUGGGACGACUGUCCUCGAGAAGGGAAGCCUUUUAAAGCCAAGUACAAACUUGUAAACCACAUCCGAGUUCACACGGGCGAGAAACCGUUCCCCUGUCCUUUCCCUGGCUGUGGCAAAGUGUUUGCGAGAUCCGAGAACCUAAAGAUUCACAAAAGGACGCACACAGGAGAAAAGCCUUUUAAAUGCGAGUUUGACGGCUGUGAUAGACGUUUUGCUAACAGUAGUGACAGAAAAAAGCACUCCCACGUGCACACAAGUGAUAAGCCAUACAACUGCAAAGUGAGAGGCUGUGAUAAGUCCUACACGCACCCCAGCUCCCUAAGAAAACACAUGAAAGUGCACUGCAAGUCUCCACCUCCGAGUUCCGGAUAUGAAUCUUCGACUCCUUCCCUCGUCUCCCCUUCUUCGGACUCGGGUCGAGACCCGGCUUCCUCCUCGCACUCCGAGCCCCUCUCCUCUUCUCAAGCUGCUAAUUUAAGCGAGUGGUAUGUUUGUCACAGUUCGGGAGCAAGUGGCAUCCCGACCCCUCCCAGCAAGCCGGCUUCACCAGAUUCUGCGGACGUGCCUCCUUACAGGAACCCCGAACCCGGAGACACGUUUUAGGCAGAACCGAACUGCAGACAAUAUUCAGAAGAUUUUCAAAAUAACCCGAAAGACAAGAAAAACAGAACAACAACAACAACAACAACAACAACAACAACAACAACAUAUUGAACCACCAACUUUUCAGUUCAUAGCACUGCCACGCAGAUCCCAAAACUGCUAAAAAACAGCUUGACUUCAUAAAACUGCUUUGAAAGCAGCUUUGACUGUAUGAACUAAAAUAUGCUGAUUAUUUCAGCGCCUGUUUUUUAUUGGUUCACCACAAGUAUUUCAACUAAUGUUAUGUAAAUGCUGUUUUCGCUCUUUUAUGUCCAUAAUUUAUUUUUAAACUUGACAUAAACACAUUUUUGUAUUAUCGAACCAAAGUGUUUUAAUAGAAAAUAUUGUACAUUUGUAAAUGGUGAUGUUUUCAUGUGUAAGUGUGAAUAAGAAUUUUGUAAAGUGCUAUCUUUUCAGUCUUUUGGGGGAAAUAUUUUUAUCGUUUGCUACUGGUUUGUAAAAUAAAAUUGUAAUGAAGCAGUUUCACAUAAAAAUCACCAUUUAUACACGGUGUUAGCCGGCAUUUAAUUUAUGGCCAGAUUUUGGUCUAAGCAUUAUACUGUUUGGUAUUUAAUAUUUCUAUUUUAUCAUUACAUACUUUACAUGACUAUUGAAAUUUUUAAAAAGACAUGUUUUGAGUAACUGUGGGCAUUGUGUGUGCUUUUUAAAGAUUUGUUCAAAAACUAAUUUCGCGACGAUGUGAUCUCCGAAUGUUUAAUCUCCGGGUUGUGUACCAAACUGCCUUGUAAUUUUGUCAAGUAUUUUCAAUAAAUCGAGUAUUAUAGUGAUAGUAUUGUCAAAGCGCACAGGAUGUGUAAUGUAAAAUAAAAUUUGUAAUAAACAAA